AUGGAAAGAUUGCAGGUAGAGGCUAAACUUAUUAAUAGGGUGAAUAGUUCUUACCUUGUGAGGCACGGGACCAAAGAGUCAGGAGAAUAUGCAAUUAGCAUUAAGUAUAAUAGGGAAGCAAAGCACAUCAAGAUUUUAACAAGAGAUGGCUUUUUUCACAUUGCAGAAAAUAGAAAGUUUAAAAGUUUAAUGGAACUCGUGGAGUGCUGCAAGCACCCUUCUCUUAAAGAAGGCUUUAGAACCCUGGAUACAAUUCUACAGUUCCCGCCCAAGGGGCCGGAACACUCAGCAGGGCAGAGGGGUAAUAGGGCAGGCCACAGCUUGCUAAGCCCGAGAGCUCUGGGCAUUGCCGUUGCGCGGUAUGACUCCUGCACAAGAGACAUGCGGGAAUUGUCCUUGUUGAAAGGAGAUGUGGUGAAGAUUUAUACGAAGAUGAGCUCCAAUGGCUGGUGGAGAGGGGAAGUAAAUGGCAGGGUUGGCUGGUUUCCAUCCGCGUAUGUGGAAGAGGAUGAAUAA